AUUAAGGCUUGCGAUAUCUUGCGAUUAUCAUGGUGAACUGUUAGUUCGAGCCCCUGUCUCACACGAACACAUGUUUACCACCAGGAGAUUUUCGAGUGCUGUGACAGGUGCUGAAUCUUUGGUUGCUUGGCUUUAGAGACUUGACAUAGACUUGGGUCACCAGGUCCGCAGCGCCGCAUGAAGUGAUGAGAGAGCCAUGCGCGGAGUGGUAGCGAUCAAGACACAUCAGACACAGGUAUGACAGAAGAUAGCCUUCAGGGCCUGGUCCUGGGUUCCAUAUCCUCUUCUGAAGAUCUUAAUGAUGCGAGCAGCUUGGAGAACAUUGAUCACAAUUUCACAAACGUGGAGAGUUCAGAGGAGGAUUCCGAUCCCGAAGAGAUUGUGAAGCAAGACUUGCUGAUCCACAAGUGGUGCCAGAAGCAGCUUGGAGAUCUUUUGAGUAAACUCUCAUUGGAGCCGGAAGCGGUGCCGUUUUUGGUUCCAGUUGACUGGGAGCGUCUUGGCUUAUACGACUACCCAGAAGUUGUGCAAGACCCAAUAGAUUUGCAUACAAUUAGCAAGCGGUUGGACGCUUCUUUUUAUCACGAUGCUGAUGAUCUCAUUGACCCAGACUUGAUCUUCAGGGACAUUGAGCAGUGUUGGGAGAACUGCCUUAUGUAUUUUGAACAUGACCUUGACGUGGAGGUUGUCCAGAUGGCUAUGAAGAUGUCAUCCGUGGCAAAACGGAUGGAAGAGAGGUUUUGGGCUGAUCUCUCAGCAUUCGAAGAAUCGCUGGAGAAGAGGCCCUUAGCCACUCAGGUGGCGCUUGCAGCCACUCGAAUGGGGGUUGCUGCAAAGAAAGUAGCCAAGAAGGGUCGCAAGACCGCUGUUUUUGCCAAUGACAUGGUGAAGUUUGCUGCAGAUUGGUGGCAAGGAAAACGAAAAGAAUCUCCAUUCUGGAAGGACGAGAAAGACAGCUUGAUUGGACUGAUGUGGCCGCCUCGCUUCAAACGAGCCAUCGCAGUGGUUCGCGAAACAGUUCGUAGAGUUCCCCUAUCCUUGUUGAGUUCGGAGAAGGCCGUGCAGUCUUUUUUGAAGCCACUGGCCGAAUCGAUUUUAAGGACGGUGUCAUCUUUGUCGAUGCCAUCUGGCGUUCAAGUCAUCCAUGACACCAUUGGGGAUAUCAAGGGCGAGUGGAUUCUGCCUGAUAGCUAUGAGCCACACUCACACGCUGAGAAGGUUCUUGUUUGGGCUCAUGGAGGCGGUUUUGUUCUGUGCUCCCCAGCCACGCACCGGUUUUUCCUUGCACGCAUCGUUGUGCAUACUGGUGUCCCCACCUUUUGUGUGGAUUUCCGCAAGCCACCACGCCACCCGUUUCCAGUUCCAAAGAACGACAUACUCGAAGUCUACAAAUCUAUCCAAAAGCAAGGCUUUGCUGAUGCCGUUUUCUUGGGUGGUGAUAGUGCCGGAGGGAAUUUGGUGCUUUCAGUCGCAAAGGAACUUGCCGAGUCAGAGUCCGACUCUGUCGAGACCCCACUUCCAGAAGGGCUGAUUCUUUUGUCACCGUGGGUGGAUUUGUCGGACACUACUGGUGACUCUUGGCACCAAUAUGCGGAUGUAGAUUACAUUCCUUCAAAGCAGGCCGAGGUCAUUGCAGGGAUUUACGCUCAAGGCGUUCCAUUGCGUGACGCUCGUGUCUCGCCAGGGCGAUGCAGAACUUGGCCAGUUGGCUUCCCACGAACUUUGCUGGACUAUGGAGGCUGCGAGGUCUUUCGCACACAGAUUGAGAGACUGGCGGAUAACAUGAUGCAUCACGGCGUGGAGCUGGAUGCCACCGUCGAGGACGGAAUGGUUCAUUGCUACCCACAGCUUGAGUACUUAUGGGGGCCAGAUCCGGAUGGUCCGUUUGAGGCGUACUUUGAGCGGGUGUCGACUUUUAUGGCAAUGAAGUAUUUUUAGACCUUAGCAGCCUUACCAAAUCUCUCAAAGCAAAGCGUGUGUGGACGAAAAGGGUGCCGUUUGGCCGUUUGGCGUACGAAAUUUCUCCGGUCGCCAUGUACACGACAAGGGGCCGAGGGAUGCCGAGGGAUGUUGCUCCUGUCAGGUUACGCCGGCAUUUGCAAGCACACCUGGUGACUGAGUC